AUGUCUGACCCACGCCCUUACCACAUUAUCAGCUACGGUACCCUGCUGGGCACUCAAUUCUUCCAGUCGUUUGUCGGUGGUGUUAUCGCGUUCCGCGCUCUGCCGCGCCCUCAGUUUGCCAGCUUGCAGACUGCCAUCUUCCCCGUCUACUUUUCCCUCCAGACCGCGCUGCCCGUGGUAGUCGCCUUGACUGCCAGUAAGGGUCGCCAUCUUCUGGGGCUCUCCGGCCUGACUGCGCCCGAGAACCGCUGGGGCACGCUGAUCCCCCUAGCUACCGUUGCCAUUACCGGACUGAUCAACCAGGUUAUCCUGCGUCCGUUGACUGUGAACAUCAUGCAUGAGCGAAAGCAACAGGAAACCCGUGAUGGCAAGAAGAGCUACGACGCCGGCCCUCACUCGAAGGAGAUGAUCGAACUGAACAAGAAGUUCGGCCGGAUCCACGGCAUUUCCAGUCUUGUGAACCUUGGCAGCUUCAUUGCUACCAUUUACUACGGUGCGGUCUUGAGCAAGAAACUGCAGUAA